GUGUGGCAUAGAGGAUAGGGCUGCCUGUCAUGACCCUCACAUUCUAUUUCCAUGACUAUUAUUAACUUGCUAAGUGGUAUUAGGAAAGUUGAUUGUUUCUUACACUUUUUGUCUGUGUAGCUUGCAAGGUGCUUGCUUCAGAUACUGUGCCGCAGUGUUUUUCACUGUUUUAAUGUCUGUGGCUUCCUUCAGGUGCCAUUGCAGUGCCUGCAGAAUUUCUCUGAUGCAGUGAUACUAAGUCUCAGGGACUUAUUGUGUAAUGUGGAAUCCUGAAGACAUUUGAGUAUCGAUUCUGCCAGCAGUAGGCUAGUAAUACUGUACAGACCAUGGUUUAAUGUUGCAUCUGGACUUACGCAACUGCAGGCUGAUGCCAAAAGGGGCAGUACUGCUUCAGCCUGUUCCUUCCCCUCUCUUGCAUCAGCCCCCAGCCACAAGGUGUGUGAUGUCAAACAGUGGGCAGUCCUUGCAGCCUGCCCUGCCAGCCCGGAGCGUCAUGUGCCAGUAUGAACAGUAAGAGAGAAAAGCGUACUUCAGCAUCUGAGAAAGAAAAAAGGAGGAACUAAACGGCGAGAACAAAUGACCGCACUGCUAGCAAAACUUUGAGCUGUUCACUUUUUCUCCUGAGAAAUUUCAUCUUGGCUGGUGUGAGAGAACUGAAAGAGCAAGCAGAGCCACAACAGUGAUUUCCUUAGGGUCCCUUUUCUCUGCUUUAAUUUAAUUUUUUCCCCUUCGUGCCUGGAUUUAAGACUGCCAACUGCACUGAUCACAAGCACUGGACACCAAUAUGUGUCAUGUCAUUGUAACGUGUCGGUCGAUGCUGUGGACUCUUCUGAGUAUUGUGGUGGCUUUUGCAGAGCUCAUUGCUUUCAUGAGUGCGGACUGGCUGAUCGGCAAAGCCAAGCCACUGAGCUCCGAGGACAUGGACAACAGAACAGGAGGAUCACAGGAGCCCUACCAUCCAACGCUGGGCAUCUACGGGCGCUGCACACGAAUCUCCCACAUGCAGCUUUCUAGACGAGACACGCUUUGUGGUCCUUACGCCGAAAACUUCAAUGAGAUUGCCAGUGGGUUCUGGCAGGCGACCGCUAUUUUCCUAGCUAUGGGAAUCCUGAUCCUCUGUGCUGUAGCAUUUGUGUCUGUCUUUACUAUGUGUGUGCAGAGUAUUAUGAAGAAAAGUAUUUUUAAUGUCUGUGGACUGCUACAAGGGAUUGCAGGCCUCUUCCUUAUCUUAGGCUUGAUACUUUACCCUGCAGGUUGGGGAUGCCAGAAAGCAAUAAGCUAUUGUGGACAUUACGCCUCUGCUUACAAACUAGGAGACUGCUCCUUGGGCUGGGCUUUCUACACUGCUAUUGGUGGCACUAUUCUGACGUUCAUCUGUGCGGUCUUCUCGGCGCAAGCUGAAAUUGCUACAUCCAGUGACAAAGUGCAAGAAGAAAUAGAAGAAGGAAAAAACCUUAUCUGCCUCCUUUAACUCCAGUGGGGAAAAUACCAGUGCCUGGAUAUUAAUUUUCAGUAUAAUUGACUGGAUAAGGAGAUCCACUUACCAGUUUCCACCAUUUGUGUGAUUGAGCCCCAUGCAGUCCAGCCCUGAACUACUGAAAUGGUCUUUCUUCCUUGCUGGGCAAUGAGGAUCGAAUAAAGGAUUCUAAGAAAGCAGAAUGUAAAUACUUGGGAAUUUUUUAGUUUCAUUAUAUUAUCAGGACAUUGUGGAAUAUACUAAUCAGAUUGGGGAUGUGAGGAAUCAUGUAUACCUUGGGGAUAUUGUUAUGACCGACAAAUUCUGAUUGAUCGGAUUGCCUUGCCCACCUUGGUCACUUUGAAGAAUUUGGAUUUAAAAUAAUAAAAGCCAGCACAUUUUCUCUUA